AUGAGUGCCAUGGAACUUGAUGUAAAUAAUUUAAGUGACAAUUUCUACAGCACUGAAAGAAAAAAAUUCCUACAAACUUUAUACAAGGACACAAGUCACAUAGGUCAUAAAUCUUCAAAUCCACCGGAGAUGAUACAAGAAACGAAGAAUGUACUGACACAGGCCAACAACUUGUUUAAGGAUGGAAAAAUUGAGGACAGGGUUCAAAACCCCGCUGAGAAUUACCUAGAUUCGCAAGUAAUCAAGGCCACGAGUGAGGCGGCGAUCCAGUGCUCACAAGCUAUUAGCUCGGAGCUGAACAAAUAUGACAAAACGGAACUGGCUGAGAAUAUCAAACGUAACUCGGACUUCUGGUGCUUCGCGUUCCCGAACGAAGCCCCGCCCGUGACGUAUUUACACGGAGCGUCGAACGAUGCCCCGCGACCCCGCGCCCCGCGCGCCCCCCGCGCCCGCGCGCAGCUGCACCAGCAGGCCGUGCCGCGGACCGGCAGUAUCGUAACAGACAACGACGAAGACACGAAGAAAGCUCAGAUAAUGUUCAAAAAGUUGGAAUCCGUAUGCAAAGACAAUGCAAUGAACUACUUUAAGGCAGUUCUCGACCCGAACAACUUCAGCCGCACCGUUGAGAACAUCUACCAUCUUUCCUUUAUGGUGAGGGAUGGAAAGCUGGCUGUUUUUGUUGAUGACGACACCGGUUUGCCAUUAAUCCAAACUCUGAACAAUAAAAAACGCAGGCGCUUAGAGAAUACAUCGGAAACGCAGUUCAUAGUGUCCAUUGAUAUGAAACGUUGGAAGGAGCUUGUAGAAGUUUUCAGGAUAACGGAGCCAUUUUUCGAGUAACAGAAUUGAAGAUUGACGUGGAUAUGUAUAUUUUUAAUUUUGAACUUUGUACCUGAACAUUUUAAAUAAAUGAUGUUAAUUA